UGAAAGCCCAACCAUAAUUAACGACCAUCCAUUUCCCACCGACGGCUGACGAUCCCGCCGGCCCCGGAAUUCGAAAGGCCCCUUUCUUCCGCCGAUUAAUACACCCGCAAAGAAUCCGCCCAAAUCCAUCGCAUUUCUCGAGAUCAGAAUCCAUCCAAGAUAGAUUUUUUGGAACAGGGGAAGAAGUCCGGCGAUGGGCUCUCUUCCGCCAUCUCUCGAUCUUCCUGCCGAUCCCAAACACGGUCAGCAGCGGCAGAUCGACGAAUCCACCCUCCUGAAUCUCUUCAAAGCCCAGCAGAACCAUCUCAAUUACUUCUUCCGCCACCUCGAUCUCUCGCAGGCGCUCUCCUUCUCCCAAACCCUGCUUAACACCACCGGCACCAUCUUCUUCUCCGGCGUCGGCAAGUCCGGCUUCGUCGCCAACAAGAUCUCCCAGACCCUCGUCUCCCUCGGCAUCCGCGCCUCUUUCCUCAACCCCGUCGACGCCCUCCACGGCGACAUCGGCGCCCUCUCCUCCCUCGACGUCCUCGUCCUCUUCAGCAAGUCCGGCAACACCGACGAGCUCCUCCGCUUGGUCCCCUGCGCCAGGGCCAAAGGGGCCUACCUGGUGUCUGUGACUUCCGUCGAAGGGAACUCCCUCGCGUCCGUCUGCGACAUGAAUGUACAUUUGCCGCUGGAGAGGGAGCUGUGCCCUUUCGAUUUGGCUCCGGUAACCUCCACCGCGAUCCAGAUGGUGUUUGGCGAUACGGUGGCGAUCGCGCUUAUGGGGGCCAGGAAUUUGACCAAGGAGGAGUACGCGACUAACCACCCUGCUGGCAGGAUCGGCAAGAGCUUGAUUUUCAAGGUGAAGGAUGUUAUGAAGAAGCAAAAUGAGCUGCCGGUGUGCAGGGAAGGAGAUCUGAUUAUGGAUCAGCUGGUUGAGCUGACAAGUAAAGGCUGCGGUUGCCUUCUUGUCGUUGAUCCUGAUCAUCACCUUAUUGGCACCUUUACUGAUGGUGAUCUCCGGCGGACUCUCAAGGCUAGUGGGGAAGCCAUAUUCAAGCUUACAGUUGGGGAAAUGUGCAACAGGAAAAAUGUCUGAUGCCUCGCGAGUGAAUUGAUCACGACUAUCAUCAUGAUUUGGGUAACCAUGAUGCCCAAUGGCUGAUUCUGGGUUUCUUGAACUUAUUGUGUAUGUCUGCCGGUCAUUCCAGGAACCCAAGAACUAUUGGUCCAGAUGCAAUGGCAGUGGAAGCAAUGAAGAAGAUGGAAUCACCACCAUCACCUGUACAGUUUCUGCCCGUGAUCCGUGAUCAGAAUGUUUUGAUUGGAAUCAUUACCCUCCAUGGACUAGUUUCAGCAGGGCUUUGAUGUGAUUGUAUCAGCAACAGCGUUCUUCCUUCUGCAUUGGGAUGUCGAUCAUCGUUCCUUUCACUGUACCAUUGAUAGUUGUAAUGUGUAAUGUAGUCAACUAGUCAUUUCAUUGGGUAGUUCAUCGAGAGGCAGAUAGAACAUGUAGAAUGAGGAUUCUUUUCCCGGUUCGUCCUGCACUUCCAAAUUCACGUUGGUUUUUAGAUAUUAAGAGCGAGCUUGAGAAAGAAGC